CUGUCUGUUGUUAAUAGAGUUAGAAUAUUGACUUGAGUGUAAGGACUUUUAGGAGGGGUGUUUUGGAUCAUUUGUGUAAUUCUAGAGUAAAAAGGAGCCCAUGUUUGAUAGUUAGUGAGUAGAUUUACUUAGUUCAGAGUAUGAAUGCGUUGAUUUCAUGUUACACAGUAAGCUUUCAUGGCCUUUAUAGCUUGAGCCACCUACCGAAUACGAGUAGAAGCCUAAUCUUUAUAACGUAUUCUCUGGUACAAUCUGAAUACAUUGUUUUAGAACUCAGAACUUUUCACCUUUAGACUUGGUUAUUUGUUAGACAUGGUUAUUUUAAUACUCAUUUAAAAAGCGUAUUUGUUUGUUUUGAAUUCCUUUUCGAGAUUUACACUCACAAUAUUUUUUGUUUGGUAAGGUUUUACUUUCGAAGAAAACAAUUUUUAAAUCUUAACCAUUUUUUAAGUCAGAAAGACUAUUUCUUACCACUUGAUCAUUUCAUUAAUUUGACUUGUAAUUCUAUUAUAUUUUUAAAGAGAGAUUUAAUCACACGCAUCUUACAUGGUCAAUAAUUAUUUGUUGUGCAUCUUUCAAAGGAAGAUAAUUAAAUAUGUCUAGUGAACAAAUGUUAACUAUUAUUACGUUCUUUGAGUGAUUGUUUAUAGGUUUGUCAUGAUUAUUUUAUAAAGCUUUACCCCAUACUAUUGAUUUUUUCCAACUCGUGAACCAAUUGGCUUUGAACCUUGAUAGUAACACUCGUGAAAUUUAAUCACGUUGACCUGGCUCCUGGGGAUUCUUCCUGUGAUAUUGCUUAUUAAAAUCAGCUCUUUCUUUGUAAUCGCUUAUGUCAAGCUAAUGGCCAUGUUCUGUCAUUAAAGAGAGGUUGGGCUGUUGCAAUAAAAAAAGGGUUAGGGAAGAAAAUUGGUGUCCUUUUUAGGGAAAAACUUGGACAAGGAGGAGUAAAAAAGUUAGGAUGUUACCAGGUCAAUGCUGAAUAUGAGACUGAAUCAAAUCCCAACGCCUAUUUCUUUAUCCUUGUCCAAACCCAACUAACACUAUGGAUUUUUCUGGAUUAAGACUCUGUUAAUCUUAGUUUUAAGCUUUUAUUAUUUGUAAGGUCAGCUUGGAAGGCUCCCCAACAGAUUAUGUCCAUAUCAUUAUAAUUUUUCCAUUGACAUAUUGCUUGAGAAAGAAGAGUUGAAGGAGACAGGUAAUCCAGGAAAAGUAUUUAAGAGGUCUCUGUAACGCUCUUAAACUAUCUCCAUUAGCAAGCUUGAGCUAAUUCUCUUUCUGGGACUAAACUGCUUGGCCACCAUGAUUGCUUUGACAAGCUCACCUUUGAACAUGCUUGGUUGCUUCAUUAUAUUGUUGCUUCUUCCUUAUCACUCUUUGUCAGCUGAUCCUGAUCCGUUGCAGGACUUCUGUGUUGCUGAUUUAAAUGCUACUGUAUCUCUUAAUGGCUUCCCUUGCAAGCCAGUUGCAGAAGUUACUUCAGAUGAUUUCUUCUUUGAUGGAUUGAGCAAAGAGGGCAACACAGACAAUCCUUUCGGUUUUGCUGUUGCACAAGGAAAUGUUCUUUCAUUUCCAGGACUCAAUACGCUUGGGAUAUCCAUGAACCGUGUCGACCUUGCUCCUGGAGGAAUAAAUGCACCUCACUCGCACCCUCGUGCCACUGAAAGCAUUGUCGUUAUUAAAGGGAAGGUUCUUGUUGGGUUUGUGUCAACAAGUAAUGUGUACUUUUACAAGGUUUUGACUGUAGGGCAGAUGUUUGUCAUUCCCAGAGGACUUAUUCAUUUCCAGUAUAAUGUUGGACAUAGCAAAGCAAUUCUGCUCACAGCUUUCAACAGUCAGUUGCCCGGGGCUGUGAUCGUCUCUCGAACUUUAUUCGCUUCAAAUCCUCCAAUUCCCAAUCAAAUUCUGACCAAGACCUUCCGAGUCGAUGAUGAUGUUAUCAACAGCAUAAAGUCCAAGUUUGCUUAGUUUCAUUCUCAAUUUGCCCACUUAUCUACUGGUUGCGUUCUUUUCUUCCUUGCCAUUAGUAAUCUCAGUCACAUUCCUAUAUAGUGAAUGACCUUUACUGCUUAGAAGGCAGUCAUGUAAUAAUAAUUUAUGUAGUUUAUUUGUUACUGAUACUUUCCCUUCCUUCUGUCCCAUAAAGUGUCGAAGGUGAUAUAACAAUGUGUAUCAUAUCAUUACACUUCAAAUAAUCAGAA